AUGGCAGCAUGGCGUGGAAAGACUAAUAAAUUCCUUCAUAGUUUCCGAAAUUACAAAGAGCCUGAAUGUAUUACUAAUUAUAAUAAAUUUGAAAAGGAAAUUAAAAGACAAAUUGCAGAAUUAUAUAAAAAUAACCCAACAGGAUUCUGCAGAAAUUGUCAAAAAAUAAAACAAGAUAUAAUUAAUAAAAACGACCAGUUAAAGGUUUGCUACACUCUCGAUUUGUUACGAAAUAAGUUAAUAGAUGAUUUUGAAAUAAAUGCUUUUAUGGAAAAAUGUCUUGAACCACGUAAAUGUCGUUACAAUAGAGCGUCUAAUGUUAGAAAUCCUCCUGCAUUAAAAGUCAAAUCCGAAAACUCAUGCGGAGGAAGGAAUGAUUGUAAUAAAGGA